AUGUUUGCAAAGGCAACAAAGAAUUUUGUGAAAGAGGUUGACUCUGGGGGAGACUUGAUUCCUGUCCCUAGUCUGAAUAACUUGGAUAACCUGCAGUUCUUGAGCUUAGUAACAAAGAAGAAGAAAAUGUGGUGCUGGCAGAAGCCAAAGUACUAUCUGUUGUCAGUCACACUGAAUGAUGUGCUUGCAAAGGGCGAACCCAUAGAGCCAGUUGUUGCAGAAUCUGACUUUGUGAAAUAUGAAGGAAAGUUUGAAGACUACGUCACAGGAAGCAUUGAAACUUCAUUCGGAAGAAUUAAUCUGGGAGCUGGAGGAAGAGGUGUUGUGAAAAGCCAAUCAUCUUUUGGAAAUCUGAAAAAGCAAGAAGCCGAUUUGCAACACCUUUUGAAGGAUGUCAAAGGAAGAGCGAUAAACAUACAACAUACCUUGCUGCAACAAAUGCUUGAAAGAAAGCAUGAAGUUCUUUGUAUCCUGACAGAAAGAAUAGUAACAACUCAGAAAUGUUUAAUAUCUGAGCAUGUUCAGACAGAGGAAAAAAUCGCCAGCAUGGUGGGGAUCAGCACAAAAGUUAUAAAGGUAUCAGUGAGUGAAGAUGGGAAUGUGAUUAAGGAUUCUAAUGUGAUCCUGGAGAUCCCAGCUCCCACAGCUAUUGCUUAUGGUGUGAUAGAACUGUAUAUAAAACGUGAUGGUCAGUUUGAAUUCUGCCUGCUUCAUGAGCAACAGGGUGGUUUUGAAAAAGAGAGUGCAGAAGAAAGAUCUUUUCCAUCUGUAGCCUUCAGGGAUAGUCUCUUCCCCCAUAUCCUAGAUGCUGUCGAUAAUGAAAAACAGUCUGAUCCUGAAAACCUUAUCCCUAGUGAUGCUUCACUAAGCAUUUUGACCAAAGAUGUCUUACACAUAAAGACCCAAUUCCAGCCUUUUGUGAAGCUUUCCGAGGAAAACCAGGACGCCUUAUACCGAAUACUCUGUGAACUUCUGCUUCGCGAAGAAGUUGUGACUCAAUUGGAGGAUGUGCUGGACAAUAUAUGUUCUGCAGACAAUCCAGAACUUGUAGUCAUGCCAAACUUAAAGCCUCCAGAAAAAACUACUAUAGAAGAAUUCUUACAACAUCUUGGAAUCAGUUUACUCAAGAAAGAGUUGAAGCAGAAAGUUCCUCCACUUCAGAAUAAGGAACUCCUCUUAGCUGCUCACUUUCUCCUCAGUGCUGUGGCAGAACUCUCUGAUUAUGCCCUUGUUCUUCUACGUGCCUGUUGUGAUCUUCAGGUUCUCCGUAUACUGUGUCGCUUGCCCGAUAUGACCUCAAGCGACGGCACACUGACACUUGAAGAUCCAAUGCUGGCUCCACUUGCCGAUGCAGGGAAGUUCUGGCUAGUGCAAAGGCUCUUUGCUUUAUCAAACAUUAACCUUGAAAUGACAGAGUCUUCCAUAAGAGCUGUAACCACUAAGAAACCCAGAUUUUUCCCUAUCAUUCUUUAUAUAGCCUUGUACGGACUUUGUGCAUUAGGCAGUAAAACAACUCAGGCUUGAAGGUAGUGGCUUGGAUGGUUUAAUAGCAGAACUGACGGUGUUAUUUAAUACCUAUUUUCAAAACAGAGUUGUGUUAGACUGAUUUGCAUCAAUGACAUGGCAGCAUCUGAAAAUAAGUGGUAUCAUUGAUGCAUAGUAGGUUGAAAAUGGACAGUUGUGGGGAGGAAACAUCAUGCAAGGAUACUUCAUAAUCAAAGGGAAAAAGAGAGAGAGAUUGCUUUAUUAACUAGUUUUGUAUGUGCUAGAGAGUUUUGUGAACCAGAACAACACACUGGAAAUAAGUUCUGGAUUCAGCUAUUUCAUUCUCCUGCCUUGGGGAAAGGAUGAUAACUCUGUGUCUGAGCACAUGCUUUGAAUGCAAAAUGUUCUGAUGUUGAAUUCUUGGCAAGCUGGGAAAGACUCCAGGCUGAACUCAUGAAAAGCCUUUACUCUAACGAUAUCCCUUUUAGUAGCUACACAUUUUUCAAGUGUCAUGCAAUAAACUGAGUAAUAUUAUCCAAAUAUUAAUGAUAUGUCUUUUAUGUAAACUACUUACUUCAUUUAAUCUAACAGAUUUAUUGCACUAACAUGAUUUUUGUUCCUGGGUUAUCAAUGUCAAUAUCUAAUUGGUUCUAUCACAAACACAUGGAAAAAAAAGUUUAUUAAACCUGCAAAAACUUUGUUUUUGUGGUCUGAACACUGAAAGGUUAAAAUGGCAUAUUUUCAUUAAGGAGAAUUACAAACAAAUUGCCUAGACUGAAGGAAAUAAUAGUAGUAUCUUCAGUCAUAAAAACAAACUUUCUGGAGCAUAAUAACUACUUUCAAAGUAAGUACCGCACAAGUAAACAGGAAAUGGCACUUUCAAACCAGGAACAGCAUUUCCCCCCCCAAAUUUUGUUAAAUUAUGGCAGGAGUUUACAAUCCAAUUCUUUCUCCCAGGAAAAUCCAUUAUAAACUGCGGAACAGAUUUUCAUAUGUCUGAAUCAGAAAAAAAUGUUUUCCAGAAACCAUGUAUUGAAUAUUAACAGAAAGUUUUGUUUUUGAUUAAAAUCAUAAUCAUAUCCAUUCAAAAAGCCUAAGAUUACGCAAGAUCAUGUCUUUGUUGUUUUUGAUGUCACAAAAGGAAAUAUCUGAUAUCUUCUUGUGCAUCAUCCCCCUUCACAACCUAGAAGGCAUCUUUCUAAUGGCAGAGUUCCCUCUAUGGCCAUUCAAAGUCCAGCUUGCAAAUAAUUGCUUACAAGCAGCUGGUUAUUUGUAAUUAAAUAAUAUCCCCAAUAAUGAAGGUAUAACUAUACUGGUAAAGUAACAAGAGAUAACAUCAUUUUGUGGUAUAACUGUAAAAAGGGAUAUUGUUUUGGUAUUUAAUGGGCUGCGGUGCUGCAAUGGGUUAAACCAUUGAACUGUUGAAUCUGCUGGCAGCCUGAAGCUGCGGGUUGGGAUGAGCUUCUGCUGUUAGCCUUUGCUCCUGCCAACCUAGCAGUUUGAAAACAUGCAGAUGUGAGUAGAUCAAUAGGUACCACUUUGGUGGGAAGGUACUAAAGGCGCCCAUGUGGCCAUGCUGGCAAUUCAACCAGGAGGUGUCUAUGGAUAACAGGCUUCUCAACUUGGAAAUGGAACAAGAGUACCUCCCCAUGGCCAGAGCUGAGCACCGUCUCCAGCUGAAGAUGAAAGGGGAAGUCUUUACCUUUGUUCUGUGUAUUUGUAUGUCAUUGUUAGGAACUGAAUGUUUGCCUAUCUGCGUAUUUUGUAAUCUGCUCUGAGUCCCCUUGGGGAGAUAGAGUGGAAUAUAAAUAAAAUGUAUUAUUAUUAUUAUUAUUAUUAUUAUUAUUAUUAUUAUUAUUAUCCACUGGGGAAUGGCCAAACCAAUGUCCAGCUGUGCUUCAACAACUGGGAGAGGAGAGCCGAUAUCACCCUCCUACCUCUGGUGAUAUGCUGGAGAUGAUGAGGAUGAUGAUGUUGAAUAUAUGUAGUGAUGCUGGAUAUAUAUAUAAUAAUAACUGGGAGGGUGGCACCAACAGUCUUUGCUCAAAUAGAUGCUGCCCAGAAACCUCCAACCUUUUCCCAGCCAAUUAAUGCCUAUGGCAGGAGGCUCUUCAUUUGGAUACUAUCUUCCAGAGAACAGGGAUACAGAAUUGCCUAUGUAAGGUAGGCUGUGUGUCUACUUUUAUUUUGGCCUCAUCUUAUGUUUUAUAUCUUGUGCAAAUAUAUUACUUUCUGUGUUAUAAUAAACUCUUUAAUCUUAAAAA